GUUUGUCACGAGAGGUUAUGAUCGGGGGUUUUCAGUGGUAACUGUCAUUCGGCGAAGGGAGCUGAUAUGUAAUAUUCGUCCUUUUGUGCGGAAUAUGUAAAAUAUGAUGGACCAUUGUUACAAUGUUUUCUUCAUCGGACCUGGUUCGUAGAAAUAGACAGGAUAAAUGUCAUCCGAACCUUGUACCAUGAAGGCGCGAGGAACUGUCUUGGAACGAUCAAAUUACAUUGCUGAAAACCAGAACUUGAAAAUGAUCAGCGUUGCCAGUUCACUGUGAAUAAUAAUCAAGAGUGUGAUUAUUGUUCAGAACAUUGUGCCUAUCAUGGAGUGUUUAUUCUUGACUUGAAGUGACCAUCGUUGUGGUGACGGCAUUGCAGCGUAGAAAUCGGAGGGACUUCUUUUCAAUGGCUGAAGCCAUCAGUGAAAUACACUUCCCCUGCAGACAUAUUACAAGCAAAUUAAAGAGUACUUGCCUCACUCCCUCCAGGGGGCGCCAAUGUACCCUUGUCCGGUCCCUACUUUCGCCUCACCAGACACAAAGCGCGGUAAGAGCAGCCAAUCAAAGAAAAUGGAUCAAAGGAAAAGAAAAGGAUCAAUGAUUGACAUGUAUGACAGCAGCUGUGAUAUGACAGUAGCUGUAUGAAGACAAUGACUCCCAAGAUAUGUACUCCAGCAGUGAUGCUGGGAGUUCACGGAAAUAUCAGAGACAAAACCACAGCGAGAUUGAGAAACGUAGACGUGAUAAGAUGAACUCCUAUAUCACUGAAUUGUCCUCCAUGAUUCCGAUGUGCAGCGCCAUGAACCGAAAACUGGACAAACUCACCGUUCUCCGUAUGGCCGUCCAGCACAUGAAGUCAUUGAGGGGCUCCAACGAUAUGUACUCUGAAGUGAGCCUCAAGCCUUCCUUCAUCACUGACAACGAACUCAAGCAUCUCAUACUGAAGGUGGCCGAGGGCUUUCUGUUUGUGAUAGGCUGUGAUCGAGGGAGGCUGUUGUAUGUGUCAGAGUCUGUCAAAGAGGUCCUCAACUACUCACAAUCUGAACUAAUAGGCCAGAGCUUGUUUGACAUCCUCCAUCCAAAAGACAUCGCCAAGGUGAAAGAGCAGCUGUCUGCGUCAGACUUAACGCCUCGAGAAAGGUUUAUUGAUGCUAAAACAAUGAUGCCCGUGAAAACAGAAGUGCCCCAGAAGAUGUCCAAGCUGUGUUCCGGGGCACGAAGGUCGUUCUUCUUUCGGAUGAAGUAUGGCUCAAAAUCAUCUGGAAAUGUGCCAAGUAAUACCGCAAUGAAGAAAGAUCCUGACUCGUAUCAGUAUAACAGGAAAAAGAAAUCAGAUAAGAAGAACUACGUGAUCAUCCACUGCAGUGGCUAUUUGAAGUCCUGGUCGUCCAGCAAGAUGGGCAUCGAUGAUGACAAUGAAAGCGAUGAAAGUCCCAGCCUCAGUUGCCUUGUUGCCAUUGGUCGAAUCCAGCCAACCUGCCAGUCCCAACCCUCAUCGUCGCCUAGCAACAUAAACAUUCGACCAAUGGAGUAUAUGUCUCGACUUAGUAUAGAUGGAAAAUUUGCAAAUGUUGAUGAGCGAGCAACUGUUAUCCUUGGUUAUCUACCUCAAGAGCUCCUGGGGACCUCGGUGUACGAGUACUACCACUCAGACGAUAUAGAACAUUUAUCAGAGGUGCAUCGGAAAGUGUUAGAUACAAAAGAGAAGGUUGAGACAAAUGUGUAUCGGUUUCAAGGGAAGAAUGGAAAAUAUAUUCAUCAGAAGUCAAUCUGCUUUGCCUUUUCCAACCCAUGGACGAAAGAAGUUGAAUGUAUCGUGUCAACCAACAUGGUGGUUCAUGUCCCUGAAGUGUCCAGUUCUGGUCAAGCAGCAGAUGCCGGUGACACUGAUAUGUCUUCUAAUUACAACUUUCCUAUUGAAUCUGAGAAGACUGGUAAAGAGGGCUUGACUCGACUGGCAAUCAUGCGAGGAGUGGGGCAGAUCGGGAAACAGAUCGCAGAGCAAGCCACUGAACAGAGCAGCUUGAAAGACGAGAUGCUCAUAGUAACAGCAGGUCCAGGAAUUGGCAUCGAAUCUCCCCAGCUUCAUGGAAGCCCGUCACCAGUCAGCGGCAACGUUGUGCCAUCUCCUGCCCUCCAGAGUGACCUGUCUCCCGGGACUGCCAGUAACGCAGUGUCAUCAACCAAUGCCGCAUCAGCUGCCACCAGUGCCCAACCUGAAGCUUGUGUGCCGACUACCUUGAAUGGGCUCAGCACUCACACUCAGUCACAACCAGCCACGUCCAAUGACUCUGUGCUGUUUGCAAAUGUCAUCCAGGAACAGGAUGAGGACAAGCGGCAGAACCCGAGCACAGACAACAAUGAUGAGGCAGCACUAGCCUUCCUCAUGAGUUUACUAGAAGCAGACGCCGGGCUCGGGGGCCCAGUAGACUUUAACAACCUUCCCUGGCCAUUGUGAUGAAGUACUUGAAUAGCUAUGACAUGUAGACAAGAUGCGACCUGGUGCAGUGAACCAGUGCCCAUCCUCCUGUUGUACCUGUAAGAUAAAAGAUUGUGCCACAGGGCACCGACAUUCUGCAGAUGGUUGAAGGAAUGGGACAGUGGGAUCUGAUCUGGUGCAUCAGAUGAAAAGGAAACGCCUUUGUUUUAUGUAAAAUUCAACAUGUCCAUUUGAUUACUUAAGGACAGAUUUAACUGCCACCAUCUGACUUGCAGAAGGUUGUGAAGACAUUAUUCCAAAGUGCCAGAGGAACGAUUUUCUAUUCUGUUGUGACUGAGAUAAUGGUUCUAAUUAGUUCUUGAAGAAGUGCUUAGGAAAAUAUUUUCUCUGCUUUGUAUCUGACUCGGUCAUGGUUGUGAAGACAUCAUCCAAACAUGGCAGUAAGGCCUACCGUAAGAAUGAAACAUGUUUGUCUGACUGCAGUCGGAUAUCGUGACGCUUCAUAAUGCUCUGAUCGCUUGUCUGACUGUAGUAGGGAACUCAGCAACUAGAGCAAGUCUCACAUUGAAGUCACAUGGGUCACUGGUCAAAUGAAUGGCAUGACUUCAUUUGCAAUGGAUUCUGAAGUGAAAGAAGAAUAUUCAGCAUUAUUUUGUACCAAGAACAAAGCUCUUGUUGUUUGGCAAGUGGUUUGGAAGAAAUGCCUGAAAUCUUGUUACAGUGCACCAUUGUGAAACCACAGGUUGCAGAUUCAGGUUUCAUUUGCUGGACAAAGAUUCUGGUAAAGAUGAAAUAAGGAGCCACAGAGAUAAGUCAAUGUUUGGCAAGUUUCCACAGAAACCUUAUCCCAUUGGCUGAGGGACAAUCUCCAAGAAGAAUGGAUGGAAGCGCCAAUGGUUGUAUCUAUCAUCCUGGAUUGGAUAUGUUGUGAGAUAAGUGAAUCAAGGAAUCUUGUAGGCUCUGUGUACAUUGAGAAAGAAACGCGUGAAAAAUUGACACAGCUCAGUGAUAAAAUGUGAUUUGAUAAAGAACAGAGGACCACAGAACCCAAAAUUAUACUUACUGUCAUGCACCAUGCUUUCUUGGACUAGCGGUUACAGCCAUUUGUGCACAGGUGAUGGCAUAUGUCAAAAGCUCUUGGAACUUUUAAAAUAUGACAAAAUAUCUCAGGUUUUGUGUUACCUUAUGACUAGUGGAAGAUGAUAAGCUCAUUCUCAUGUGCAAAAAUCAGCCUUAUAUUGACUGUCAUCUGAUGUUAAGCCUUCAUUCCUUUGUGUGUGAUGUGAGAAGCCCAUUUCUGCUGUCUCCCACCAUGAUAUUGCUGGAAUAUUCCUAAGAGUGGCGUAAAACUAAACCCACUCACUCCUUUGUGUGUGACUCAUGGUAUGAUGACACCGUGUUUCAGUUAAUAGGACAAAAGCUGCAAUAGUGAAUAUGCUCGCUAUUUACAAGAGGGACGAACUUGAGCUGAACAUGGGCCACCCAAUUUGUUUGGGUCUGUGAUGUUUGGAUUGUGUCAGUCAAUUCUUAGUGAUAAGAAGCAUCAAGGAGAGUCCAAAAGAGCUUGUGUCUUGAAUUUAUUGAACUGUUUUGCCUUACAAAGGACUUGUUGACGAAGUGUUGAGAUCGUGAUAGUCUGUUACGUUUCUAGUGUAUAUACAGGUCACAUAAAGAGUUUGUAUAGUAUUGUAAGUUAUACGAGACACCUAUAUUGUUACCGAUGUUAUUGGGCCUGAAUAUUUGUAUUGCCUCGAUCUUUGUUCAUGGUGUUCAGUUUGUUGAUAUGUGUUGCUUUGAAAUCCUUGAGACGCAAAAAUGUUUUAUUCGUCCUUUAUCUGUUUGUUUUUGUAAACUGAAUAUAUAUUUAUAUGCUUCUGUAGAGACAUAUUGAAAAUGAUAGCGUUAUGUACAGAUUUUAAAAUAUCCAGAUUAUAGUAACUCCUAUUUUAAAGAAGUAUCAGCAGGCCAGUAAAAUAUAUUUUCUUACUCGAUAGACAUUACUUGGGUAGAUUUGAAACAAAAUAGAUGUUUUUAUGGUGGAUUUGAUGAAAGGUUUCUAAAGGAAAAUGUUUGAACAAGAUAUAAACAAGCCAAUGUUAAGUAAAAACUUUUUUCAUUUCAUACAUUUGUUGCAGUUAAAAUAUACUACCCAUCAAAAGUUUAGACUCACUAGUGUAAAAUAGCCACUUACUUCAGGCAACUGUUCUGAGCUAAAUGUUGUAAAAUAUUCCUUAAUGUUUAACAGUACUGAUUACACAUGAACUGAUGUAUUGUAAAACAAAUUCUUAAAAAUGAAAAGAUUAUUGUCCUGAGUUCAAUAAAUGAUGAAACUCAGUGAAAAUUGGCGAAUUCUUAACAAACCUUCACACUAAAAUGCAUCAAUUCACAUGUACGAUAUUUGCACAUGCUUUUCAGCAAUUUGAUGCAUAAGGUUUGCAGCUGGUUCCCCCAAGUUAGU